AUGAUGAGAAGAAAGAAACCAGCUAAGGAAACAAUUGUUGUUCCAGAAAGUAAAAAGAGAACUCAUCAAGAUAAGGAUUCUUCCAAUAAGAAGGUGAAACAAAAUUCCUGCCAAAAUUGCAGCCUGACUGCUUCGACUGUUGAAACUAAACCAGAAGAAAGAGCUAAGGAAAUUAAGAAAAAGAAACCACCAAAGCAACCAGAAGUAACAAAACCUCCAAGUUCUUCACCAUUUGCUCCUUAUGAGCACGCAAUCAUGGAACCUAAUGAAGAAGAAUAUGAAGCUCUCAUGGAUGCAAAACCUGCAUGGAUGAAAUAG